CAGGGGCGCCUGUCCAAGACCCAGGCCAACCUAAACUCCCAACUCCAAACUUCCGGAAGAGGAAUGAUGCAGAUACGGCCGUCCCGGGCUGUUCCCUAGAACCAGCUUCCGCCCACUCAGUACAAACGUAGAGAGGCAUCCGUGGCUGAGGCCUUGUCAAAACUCAGAGGAGGACUCCCAUUUCUGCUUUCCCAAUGAGCCACUUCAAUUUGUUUAUCUUCGAGGCCGAGAUUUUUUUAAAAAGACAUAGGGAAGAAAAAAACGACUGGUUGUUAUGACAACUAAACGGGUCUGAAACAUUCAGCCAAUCCGUUUGCAGAAAGGCCUCUGUCCUAGCCAAUGGGAAGAGCGCGUCGUACGUACAGCUGCCCAAUGGGGGCGCGAGCGGUGCGGUAUUUGAAUCCUGGAACAAGGAAACAACGCGAAGAUCUCCAGCGGUGAGGGUCGGGAGCGUAGCCCUAACGGCGCCGCGGAAGCCUGUGCCCUCACUCCCCAGUCCGCGUCCUGCCCCGGACCGGGCUGGCGCUCUCGCCUGCCCCGUUCCUCAUGGCGCUGCUCCGACGCCCGGCGGUGCCCACUGAUUUGGAGAAUAUUUACACAGGAGUGAAUUCAAAAGCGAAGAGUCAUGUGACUAUCAGACGGGCAGUUUUAGAGGAAAUUGGAAAUCGAGUCACAACCAGAGCCACACAAGGAGCUAAGAAAGCUCAGAACACCAAAGUACCUGCGCAGCCCACCAAAACAACAGAUGAGCACAAACCGCUGAAACCUACCACUUCUGUGAAACCAGUACAGGGGGAAAUGUUGGCUCCAAAGGGUCCUUCUCUGACACCUGAGGAUAUCUCCAUGAAAGAAGGGGAUCUCUGCCAAGCUUUCUCUGAUGCCUUGCUCUGCAAAAUCGAGGAUAUUGAUCAUGAAGAUUGGGAGAACCCUCAGCUCUGCAGUGACUACGUUAAGGACAUCUACCAGUACCUGAGGCAGCUGGAGGUUCUGCAAUCCAUCAAUCCACAUUUCUUAGAUGGAAGAGAGGUCAAUGGACGUAUGCGUGCCAUCCUGGUGGAUUGGCUGGUGCAAGUCCACUCCAAGUUUAGGCUGCUGCAGGAAACGCUGUACAUGUGCAUUGCCAUCAUGGAUCGGUUUUUGCAGGUUCAGCCAGUCUCUCGGAAGAAGCUUCAGCUGGUUGGGAUUACGGCUCUGCUCUUGGCUUCCAAAUAUGAGGAGAUGUUUUCUCCAAAUAUUGAAGACUUUGUUUACAUCACAGACAAUGCUUAUACCAGUUCCCAAAUCCGAGAAAUGGAAACUCUGAUUUUGAAAGAACUGAAAUUUGAGCUGGGUCGACCCCUGCCACUACAUUUCUUAAGACGGGCAUCAAAAGCUGGGGAGGUCGAUGUGGAACAGCACACUUUAGCCAAGUAUUUGAUGGAGCUGACUCUCAUUGACUAUGACAUGGUGCAUUAUCACCCUUCUCAGGUGGCAGCGGCUGCUUCCUGCCUGUCCCAGAAGGUUCUAGGCCAUGGAAAAUGGAACCUAAAGCAGCGGUAUUAUACUGGGUACGCAGAGAAUGAAGUAUUGGAAGUCAUGCAGCAUAUGGCCAAAAACGUAGUGAAAGUAAAUGAAAACUUAACGAAAUUCAUCGGCUGAUUGUUUGAAGGAAAAACACAAGCUUGUCCUCACCAGCCAGGGGUGGUUGGUAACAGCCAAAGGCCGUCUUGGCACCCCUGCCCCUGCCUGCGAGGAGGGCAGCCUGCGGACGGAGCUGUGGGGGCCCGCGGAGAUCCUCGGCUGCAUUCUGGGUCUACCUGCUUCCUCUCGAUUACAGUGAGCUCAGGACUGUGGAAGUCCUUUGCAAAAUAUGAAGAGACUAUUAGUGUUGAUAGGACUGCAUUUCCUCAUGUCAUCCCAUGAUGGCUUUAUUUUCCUUUCAAUCUGGUCACAAAAUGGAACUGAAAUAGGCCUUAAACCAAAUGAAGUCUGCUCCCUGUUCUUGAAGUGAAACAAUUAAAUUAUUCAUCUUCAUCUUGUUCCCAGUUCAGAUACAUUGUUUUCCCUUAUAUAUAACCCCUGAGCAUUUUUCCCCAAGGACUUUGGCAUCCUGAAAUGGCAACAAAGGUGUGUGCCAGCCAGACUCUAUGUCCUCAAAACCUUCUGAAUGGCUGUGGCACCUGAGAGGACAGGUGGAAAAGUGAGUCUUCUUCCAGAACCACUCCCUCACUGGUGCACAGGGCACUGUGGACAAGGGUUACUGCAGCGAGCAGGGCACCCGCUUGCUGGGGAUGCUGUAACGCAGCACCACAGCCUGGGGGGCUUAAUGGAAAUGUCCUGCUCAGACUCCUGGAGGCUACGUGUCCGAGACCCAGGUGUCUGCAGGGGUGAUUCCUUCUGAGGGCUCGGAGGGAGGAUCUGUGCCCGGCCCUCCUCCCUGGCUCAUAGAUGGCUGACUCCUCACGUCACUGUCCCUCUCUCUGUUUGUGUGCUGAUUUGUGCCCAGAUUUCCUCUUUUUUAUCAUAUUGGAUUAGAGCCCACCC